UUCACCUGUCUCAAUAACGUAGUCCAUUCUGGAGAAUAAGCUGAGAGAGAGUCAGAGACAGUGCAUUAGGGUAGAGAAAGAGGCUGUGCCAGAGGAACAGAACUGAGCCAUAGGAAGAGAGAGAGAGAGAGAGAGAGGGAGUAUCAUAGAGGGUGUGCCAGAGAAAGAGAGACAGAGAGCGAGCUUGAGUUAUCGAGUUAGAUAUUUAGAGACAUAAAGAGAGAGAGCACAACGGACUACCCCGCAAAACCUCUGCAAUAUUGCAGAGUUGUCAUUUAUUGAUAAUCGUAACCCUGAGAGCAACAGAUCUCACCCUGAGACCUGCACCAUGACAGCACUCACCCAGACUCUCUCAGUUUCCAUCCACCUUCUCCUCAGUCUCCUCACCGUCUGCACUGCCUACAGGCCGACCUACAUUAUUACAGCACCGAAGACUGUCUACCACAGAGAUAACAUGACGUUCACAGUGUGUCCAUUCCUGGACAGUCAACUCCCUCUCAGAGUAACAGUUCAAAUCAGCACGAGCAAACAGAAUCUGAGCAGUGCUGAAGGCACCUUCGCCCAAGGUUCUAUGGGAAAAUUGGUUCUCCCAACAGAGGGAUUACCAGAAAACUACUAUGAAUUGGUAGUCCAAGGCUACUCAGAGGAAAGACUGCUGUUUACCAACUCAAGCUCUGUGAGGAUUGUGAAGGAACCUGUCUCCAUCUUGAUCCAGACAGACAAGGCUAUAUACAAACCAGGGCAGACAGUGAAGAUUCGAGCCAUCUCUAUCUACCCUGACCUGAAACCGUAUAUGGGCAAAAUAAGUAUCAUCAUUCGUGGUGUUCAAAAGGAAAAGAUUUUCACAGUUUCUGAGUACGUGUUGUCUCGCUUUGAGGUUUUAAUCAACACAUCAUCUGUGUAUCUUCCACUUGAUGACAUGGACCUAACCGGUACUGUCACUGGACGAUACCUGUAUGGGAAACCCGUCAAAGGGAAUGUGACGGUUAGCAUCUCCUUCCCGUUCUUCUUACAGAUGACAAACAAAACUUUUGAGACAAAUGGGACUGUCCAUUUCAGUUUUGCUGCUGCUGAACUUCAGGAAAUCUUUCUGAAGAUGUAUGGAAUGUUUCAGGAAGGAGAGGGUGCAUUCCCUGCAAACCAGUCGCUCCUAUCACUGAUAGAGAAUUCGCUGCGUUAUUACAAGGGCCACAAUUUCCCACUGACAAUCAAAGCUGCAGUGACAGAAUCACAGACGGGAGUGACUCAAUCCACAGACGUAAAUGUCACUGUUUCUUUCACGAAAUACCAGCUGCAGACUCUCAGCUAUCAGAAAAUACUAAAGCCUCCACUCAACUUCACAGCCAGGGUGCAUGUGACACGUGUCGAUCACAGGAAACUGACACUGCAAGAUAGAGCAAACAUUCUCAUUGUCCAAGUAUCAGAGACCCAAAGACACCCAGCUGUAAAUUCAACACUCACCAGCAACCCAUUGGAACGUGUUGAUAUCGCCAGGGAUUUAUGGGAGACAUCCAAACGCAUCAUCAAUGUCACUGUUCCAGAGAGCGGAUUGGUUACGCUUCAGUUUCCAUUGUUGCCAAACACUGUGAACUUAUGGAUACAGAUGCAAUUUGUGAAAACUGUGGAACAUAUUUCAGUGAGCACUAAUAACUGGUUUUACAGGAGACCAGUUAUCCAACUUCAAACUCAGAGUCCUGUUCUCAAGGUGGGGCUGCCAUUCCAAGUCUCUAUUGAAAGCUCAGAGUUAUUGAAUGAGACGACGUAUCAGGUGAUAUCACGGGGUCAGGUGAUACUGACAGGCAAAAGCAAUCUGAGCACAAUCCAGCUAACGCCGGAACCUUCCUGGGCUCCGUCAGCAAGCCUCAUCGUCUACUACGUUGCAGAAGAUGGUCAGCUCAUUAGUUCUGAUUUGGAGUUGGAAGUGGAAGGCAUCUUUAGAAAUCAGGUGUCAUUGUCUUGGAGCAAGGAGCAAGUCAAGCCAGCUGAUAAUGUCUCUCUGAGCGUGUCCACCAAUGAAGAGCACUCGUUUGUUGGGAUCUUAGUGGUGGACAAGAGUGUCAAACUGCUCAAGGGAGGGAAUGAUCUCACAGAAGAAAUGGUUAUUCAGGAAUUAAAAAGUGCGAUUAAAGAUGAUACCAAGCAGAUUCAUAGCCUGCAUUCCUUUAACGCAUUUCAGGACAAUGACUUAAUUGUGUUAACAGAUGCAACUAUUCCAUUCAGUGAACCAUUCUACAUAGCCUUCCGUGAAGAUGCUGCUGAGUUUGAAAUCACAAGCCACUCAGUUGAACCAGAAGAUCAGAGAAUCAGAACAUAUUUUCCGGAGACGUGGAUGUGGUUGGAUAUGUUAACUGGUUCAAGUUCAAAUGUUAGCUUCCAGAGAACAGUUCCAGACUCCCUCACCACCUGGAUUGCCAAUGCUUUUGUGAUUUCCGAGAACAAAGGACUUCAGUUGGCCACCAGACCUGCUCAGUUGGAAGUCUUCAAAUCUUUCUUUCUGGAACUAAACCUCCCGUACUCUGUAACCAAAGGCGAACAACUCAUUUUGGAAAUAAAUAUUUUCAACUACCUUCAGCAGGACCUGGAGGUUUGGGUGACAGUUGAACCAAGUGAUUUGUUUGAUUUCAUCAUCGUACCAGAUAAGAAGGAUCUUGACCCCAACAAGCUGAAAGGCUCUGUGUUGAGUCAAGAUUCCCAUGUAUUUUAUUUCCCCAUCAAGAUGAAGGGCCUUGGCAAGAUUCCCAUCACCGUUAAAGCCACAUCUGGAGUUGCAUUCGACGCUGUCACCAAAUACGUUUUAGUAAAGGCUGAAGGAAUACAGCAGUCCUUCUCUCAGGCUCUGUUCAUUGCCCCAGAGGAUGAGGGACAGCUUUGGUCCAAGGAUAUACAGUUCACCUUCCCAGAAAAUGUGGUGGUUGGCAGUGAAAUUGCCCAUGUCACUGUGAUUGGUGAUAUCCUUGGACCUUCCAUCAAUGGAAUCGAGGAUCUUCUUCAGAUGCCUUAUGGAUGUGGUGAACAAAACAUGAUCAGAUUUGCUCCAAAUGUCUACAUUUUACAAUACCUAACAGCCAUAAACCAAGUUAAUAAGGAGAUUAAGGAGAAAGCUUUGUUAUUUUUGAUGCAAGGUUACCAAAGGGAGUUGACAUACCAAAGAUCGGAUGGUUCCUUCAGUGCUUUUGGAAAUUCUGAUUCUUCUGGAAGUACUUGGUUGUCAGCUUUCGUGGUAAAGUGCUUCCUGCAGGCCCAGGAUUUCAUUUACAUUGACAAGAUGGUUCUGGAAGAGACCAUUUCCUGGAUACUCACACACCUGAAUAAGGAUGGUGAAUUCCAGGAGCCUGGACGAGUUAUCCACACAGAGUUACAGGGUGGACAGAGCGGAUCCGUAUCUCUGACUGCCUACAUACUGGCAGCCCUUCUGGAAGAUCAGAGUUCCAUGAGCAAAGUUUUAGGCCAGGUGUCAGGUGCUGUGAGGUAUCUCGAAACCAAGCUGCAAGAUGGAAUUAGCAGCAACUACACCCUCUCUCUUGUGACAUACGCUUUAACCUUGGCCAACAGCACCUACGCAACAGAAGCCCUGAAUGAGUUAAAUCAACGGGCAGAUAAACAAGAUGGUGGAAGGUUCUGGUCAUCUCCUGUGAACACACCAUCCUCCCGAUGGAGUCACCAGCCCCUCUCGUCAGAUAUCGAGGUUGCUGCCUAUGCUCUGUUGUCACACCUGAAGCAGGGCUUGCUCCUGGAUGGCAUUCCCAUUAUGCACUGGCUCAGUGAGCGCAGGAACCAUCUUGGAGGCUUCUCCUCAACUCAGGACACAAUUAUGGCUCUCCAGGCCUUGUCUCAGUUUGCAGCUCAGAUCUUCUCUCCUAUGAUGAAUCUCACGGUGUCGGUCACAGCACCAGGGCUACCCGCGCCUGCAAACUUCACCAUCAACCCCGCCAACGCGAUUGUACUUCAGAGCGUGCAGAUUGGAAUUCAGCAGCCCAUGCUGGUCACUGUAACAGCACAGGGUCAAGGAUUGGCCAUUUUUCAGCUCAACAUUCAGUUCAAUCUGGAGAGUGAAGUCGUAUCAAAGAAACGGCGAUCUGUGGAGAUGGAAAUAUUUGAUUUAGAAGUUGAUGUUGUAGACAAUAUGGAUGACCUGAAUCACCUAUUACUUCAUAUCUGUACCAGGUAUCGAGGUGAGGGAAACAUGUCCAGCACGGGAAUGGUUCUGAUGGAAGUCGGAAUGCUGAGUGGCUUUAUCCCAGAAAUGAACAAGAUCCAGGUCAAGAACCCAAUGAAAAGAGUCGAGUUUGAAGCUGGACAAGUCAUUCUGUAUUUUGACUCGCUUAAUGACACUGAGAUCUGUGUGAGCAUCCCCAUGAUAAGGGACUCCAAAGUUGCAAAUGCCCAGGAUGCCACGGUCAGAGUACUUCAGUAUUAUGAGCCAGCGAAGAUGGUCGUGAGGACGUACAACUCGAAGGUGAUGUCAGACACCGACACGUGCACCUUCUGUGGCAUUGGCUGUAACCUGUGUCGCUCCCAGUUCAACUCUAUAUCCGACCAGUCCACAGCUCCAACUCUGGCCGGAUGUCUGAAUGUCCUCCUGCUCUCUCUCCUCAGUGUUUAUCUCAGCUUGUCUUAAUUACACAGCUAUCAUUGAAUAUAAAUUUCCUCUUGGUGAAAUAAUUAUUGCUUUAAUUGGGAGAGGAGUGCAGAAAGACUGGCAGAGACAUGUUUGACGCUGUCUUGGAAACCACCGGAACUGAGCAAACUGCUUUUUGCAAGCUCUCUGUUCAUGAUUUCUUCAACGUCCUCCUUUUGUCGAUUUGUUCAGUGAAAAGGUAUGCGUUUUUCAUGAAUGUUUCUCCACUUUUAUCCCACCUUUAUACUCUAUUGAACUUAACCUCUCCAGAUUUCACAGUAAGCAAGACUAUCCUGAAUUUACAACUGCUGACUGAGUUAUGGUCCUCCUAAACUCACUGGAACAAACUGUGGAUCUAUCAGCUUGCUGUGUUCGGAAACUGGCGUCUUUCAAAUAUUCACAUAGUGCAUAAAGUUCCCUAACUUUCUCCUCUGGCCUCUUUCCUGCGUUUGCUUUGUGUAUGGGUGUGUGUGUUUGUUUUUCCACAUGCAACUACUGAUUCGCAAAAGAAGUAAAAGAAAAUUUUUAAUCCGCUGAGACCAAAUCAUAAUUAACUUGUGUAUGCGUGUAUGUGCAGCAAAGGGAUCAGGUCUGGCUAAUACUGCUGUAAAAUAAAUCUUGAUGUUAUAACGUAAGUAAAAAUAAAAUCAAGUUUUG